AUGGUUUCCCUGAGGAUAUUAUUCCUCGGCGUACAUGGCUCCAAUGGCCUGAUAAGAGCACUUUUCCUGCCAGCAUGGUACACGGUGCUCCUGAGUCCAUUCACUCUGGCAAUCGCCUGGUAUUUUGGUCUAGACAGAGCAGUCCAGAGUUAUUUGCCCGAAGAAUUCUCGUGGUUCGAAGUUCUGCCCCAACUUGCGCUUCUGUCUGUCUUCUUCCUGCUACCAACGAGAUUAUUCUCUGCAUCAGGAGCUACGGCGAAGAGUAAAGAUGGGAAGAGGAGGGUACAAUCAGUGCCAUACUGGAUUCCGGGAUUUCGGAACCUUGGGAGUCUCGUCUUUGGAGGUGAGCAAUGGUUAAAGAGUAUAGGAGAGUCGUCCAUCUCCAGCAUCGUUGCAUACAAAGCUGCUGGAGCUAAGCACAAUCUUAUUCUUUCGGAUGAAGUUCUGCAACAAGUUUACAAACACUCAGAUAAGUUAGAGGAGCCAAGAGGCUACAAGACCGCAAUAUGCCAAAACGCCUUCAAUAUGCCUAGUGGCGCUGCAGACCAUAUCUCGAAUCUUACCCCGGCUAUUUCUGGAGUCUUCGAGAAGGAUUUGACGAGCGGCAAAAAUAUGGAAGACUUGGUCAAGUCAUCAUUGCGGAUACUGUCCGACUCGCUCCCAGAUUUCAUCACUUUCAACUCCUCUAUUGUGGAUCAGAUGCAAUGGGAGCGUGUUGCGAACCUCGAGCUCACUGACGGUACUUCGGAAGCCGAGUGCGACCUAUUCAUGCUAGUCAAUGAGUUCUGCUGCAAUGCUAUGUUGCCCCCGGUUAUGGGUGCGCAAUUUACCGAAUCAUAUCAACUGCUGGCCAUGGACCUGGCCACGUUCAAUCAGAAUUAUUGGGCACUUGCACUUGGAUUGCCACGGCUUUCACCUAUCAAAGGUUUACCUGGAGCGGCAUUGGCACAAAGACGACUUUCAAAUAAGUUCACAAAGCUAUUUGAUGAUUUGACAAACCCUCCGGUACGGCGAGUACCGGCUGAUGACGAAAGUGUCAGCGGUGAAGAAGAGACAGAUGCUGAUGUCUCAACGCCGUUGAUCAGACUGAAUGAUUUGUUCACAAAGCAUGACCUACCUUAUGAAGUUCGAGCCUCCCUUGGCCUCCAGCUUGUACAUGCCAUCGUCGCAGAAGUUGCUCCCUUGGUAUUCUGGACGAUACUGCACAUUUACUCAGCAUCAAGUGCACAAGACACGACAGACACGCCUUUGGGAAAGAUAAGGGAAGAGACAAAGGCAUGGGCACAAGCGAUCCAACCGCCCUCAAUACACCCAUCGUUCCCCGCACCACCUGAGAUACGCUACACUGCUGGGGGUGAGGCAAUUACCGAGAUUUUUUUUCCGUAUCUGCAUUCUUGCAUCAACGAAGCUCGACGACUCUACGGCUGCUCAGCAAGUGUAUACGAAAUCUCCAAGCCAAUCACGCUACAAGAUACUCACGUUGUUGCACGGGAUGAGCAAGCAGUAUGGGAGUUGGACGUAGGAUCAUACAUCGACAUCGGUGUUUCCGGAGUCCUCAUCAAUUCCUCCCCGUCACACCAUCUGUCGCCAACCACAUUUAAACCCGAUCGAUUUAUCCAUACGAAAGUUCCAGCUGCCGUUCUCCCCACCAACGACACUGCAGCACCCUAUAAAACCGCUCUGACAGUCUCCCUCGUAGCAGGCAUAACCCAACUCUGGGAAAUCGCACCAGCACCCAAGAAAUCAUUCUUCGAUCAGAUGCAAGAAGCGGGCGCGGAAGCAUCAAUGGGCGCCGCUGCACUUGCAGGCGAACAACGUGCCAUUGAGACUAAGGCAGAGGAGAAGCCGGGGGCGUGGGCCACACCGAAGCCUGUAGAUGGUGCUAGCAUCAAGGUUCCAAAAGCUGAUAUCAGAGUAAGGAUCAGGAGAAGAGAAGGUCUCCCUGCUUCCAAGAUUGUAGGGCGGAUCGGUUGA